AUGGGAUUUUACAAGUAUCCAACGGAGUUAUGGAGGAAGAAGCAAUCUGAUGUGAUGAGGUUUGUCCAGAGGGUGCGCUGUUGGGAAUAUCGCCAGCAUCCUUCAAUUGUCCGAGUCACAAGACCCACACGCCCUGACAAGGCUCGUCUUUUGGGUUACAAGGCCAAGCAGGGUUACGUUGUUUAUCGUGUCCGUGUAAAGCGUGGCGGUCGCAAGAGGCCUGUUUCCAAGGGUAUUGUAUAUGGGAAGCCCACAAACCAAAGGUGUGACACAGCUGAAGUUUCAACGCAGCUUGAGGAUUCGACCUACAAGUACUUCGAGGUAAUCCUGGUUGAUGUUGCUCAUAAUGCUAUUCGAAAUGACCCAAGAAUCAACUGGCUCUGCAAUCCUGUUCACAAGCACAGGGAGCUUCGUGGACUGACUUCGGCUGGAAAGAAGUGCAGGGGAUUGCGUGGAAAGGGACACCUAUACCACAAGGCACGACCGUCUCGCAGAGCAACUUGGAAGAGAAACACCACCCUCUCCCUUCGUCGGUACCGUUGA